AUGCCUCAUCCUGACUACUACCAGCCGCCUCCACCGACUCCACCACCCGUAUUUCAGCUGCUGCAAUGGACAACACCCCCUGCAUGGCUCUCUGAGGAUAUCAGACUAAGGGAGCUUUCGGCGGCUCUGGUCGAAGCGGAAACAACAGCUCUUGAUCUCCAUAUCUCUCAGCGCGGUUCUAGUUUCUCUCUGGAGGAGUCCUACAUCAAAACUGGGCUAGAGUUGUUCUCGAAGGUGGGCAAGUCAGCUACAGAUGUCUUGAUUAUGAUUCUACAGGCAAAGUCUCAGCCAGCCUAUCUCGUGCCUUAUCGUACUCGAUUUCUAGGCGGCAGGACACCCGAAUUUCUCUGGAACAUGCUCGGAGAUGUUCCUCUCUGGAAGAGAAAGCUCAAGUCUAGGCUUGAGGACGAUUCGAUGUCACAUAUACUUUCUAUUAUGGGGAAAGAAUUGACACCUGCAUCUUUGAAGCUGUUCUGCAAGUCAACCAGGGAAACUACACCCACUUUUGUCAAGAUGUUUGACCUCACACGGCUCGCGCAAAAUGUUCGGGACCUCAUGCCUACAACAUGGACACUUAUCAAGUCAUUAAUCAAGGGUAAAAGGUGA